AUGGACGUGAAUCGAUUGGAUGGUACCCCAAAUCCCCGACCAGAGCACAGCUGCGUCGCAUGUGAGCGACCAGAUUCAGCGGAGAACCUUGUCGCCUGCGAUAAAUGUAGUUCGUGGUGGCAUUAUACCUGCGCUGGGGUCACAGAUUCGGUGGAGCACAAAGAAUGGACAUGCUCGGGAUGUCUUCCCGUACCAACAAUAGCAACAUCGGUACGAUCACUCACGUCAAGUCGCAGAGCGAAUCUCCAGGUGAAGCGACUAGCGGAAAAGCAAGAAAUUGAACGGAAGCAACUUGAAUUGGAGAAGAAGCAACUGGAACUUCAGAAGAAGCACACGCAGGAGAAAUUCGAUCUGGAAGAGUCGUUAGCGGAAGAAGAAGACAACCGAAGUGUAAGAAGCCGAGUGAACGAGAUUGAGUCUCGAAAGAAGCAGGUCUCUGCAUGGGUUGAUCAGCACGCACCCGCAAAACACCUACUAGUCGUACCAUCCUCCGAUCCUGUAGCAGCGCUUACUGGAGUUUCACAGCCCACGCUGUCGUGUAACAACAAUCCCGCAAAUUUCCAGCAAACAGACAACGCAGUGUCGUUUGAUCCUGGCAUGAUGUCAGGGCUUCAAUUGCUACAACAACAGCUGGAACAGUGUCAGCAGCAGUCAGAACCGACACUUGAGCAGAUCAAGAUGCUUGAGACGCAACUGCAAAGCUUUCGAAUACAGUUACAAGAGCGAAAACAAUCCACUCCACUCUCACACCCUACUCUGACUACAUCUAAAGGUGCUAUUCCGAAGACAAAUCACUUCGUUGAUCGAAAUACCUGCGACAGGGUCCUUCCCACUACAACCGUACCAAUGAUGGUACCAUCGGAACAAUAUCCUAUCAGUAAACCGGUCCCAACCGAGCAGCCGCGUAUCAGUCAUGCGCGCUCGAAUCCUCCACCUGUGCCGGUCCCAAUCGAGCAGCAGCGUACUCAUCAAGCGCGCUCGUCAAUCCAACUCGCGUCAUUUUCUAACGAACAGCCACGUUCUCAUAACGUGUCAUCGAGUUUCUUCCCACAUGUAUCGGUUCCACGUGAGCAGCCGUUAGCGCACGAGACGCCCGUGAAUACUUCUGCGAGUGCACCGCUGCCAUUCGAGCAGCCGCCCAACUAUCCUGCGCACUCGAAUCGAGCUGCUGCGCCAGCAAACGAAGUGCUUCAACGACCAUCCCCGGAACAAUUAGCUGCAAGACAGGUUAUGCCACGUGAUCUACCCGAGUUCACGGGCGAUCCAGAGGAGUGGCCGAUAUUCUUCAGUAGUUUUAGUAACUCCACAGCCGCUUGCGGGUUUAGCAACGUAGAAAACCUGGCUCGUUUGCAACGUUGCCUGAAAGGUAGCGCUCUAAAAUCAGUGCGAUAUUACCUUCUGUCGCCCGAUUCUGUCCCGGAAGUGAUAAAUACACUCCGAACCUUGUAUGGUCGGCCCGAGAUUAUUAUAAAUAAAUUAAUUCGAACCGUGCGUGAAACACCUGCUCCCAAAUCUGAGAGGCUUGACUCGUUGAUAGAUUUCGGGAUGUCCGUCAGAAACUUGACACAACAUCUUAUUGCAGCAGGACAGCAAGCGCAUCUGGUGAACCCAGCGCUGCUCCAAGAACUGGUUGAAAAAUUACCAGCCAACGUAAAGCUACAGUGGGCGCAGCAUCUUUCAUUCAUUCCUCAUGCGAGUUUGCAAAACUUCAGCAACUUCAUGUCAGCGAUCGUCGAAUCGGUCAGCAAAGUCAUCGUUAUUACUGGCGGGGAAUACUCAGCGAAGCAUGAGAAAUCUCGAACCAAAGACAAAAGUUAUGUCCAUGCCCACGUCGAAAACUCAGCAUCAGAUAGUGCCGCGAAAGAAAAAGCGGAUCAGGGUAAAGUUUGCUUGUUCUGCGGGAAAGCUGGUCAUCGAUUGAAAGAUUGUACGAAAUUCCAACAUCUACCGGUGGACGAUCGAUGGAAAAGUAUCCAGUCGCUGAAGGUUUGUCGAACUUGUCUCAAUCCGCACGGACGGCGAACAUGUCGCAAUUCGAGUCAAUGUGGGAUCGACGGUUGUCAAUAUCGGCAUCAUCGAUUGCUACACAACAAAGUGGAAACAGUGGCCAAGAAGACCCCGGGAACCUCUCGUGUAGAAGAUCACGCACAUCACCAUCACGAACAAUCCAUUCUCUUUCGCAUUAUUCCCAUAACGAUUCAUGGAAAUUCAAAGUCUGUCACAGCGUUUGCCUUCUUGGACGAAGGUUCUUCUGCAACGCUUGCUGAACGUAGCUUGGUUGAAGAACUUGGGGUGGAAGGUCCCAACGUCCCGCUUUGCCUUAAAUGGACCGCUAACAUGACGAGAACCGAAGAUGAGUCGCAGAUAGUUUCGCUUGAGGUGUCCGAAAUAGAUCGAAACAAUCGAUUCCACCUGGUGAACGUACGCACAGUGGAAAGUUUGAAUUUACCAUCGCAAACGCUGUGCUUCGAAAAGCUUCUAGAGGAUCAUCCGCACCUGAAAGGACUUCCGGUUCGUAGCUACGAGAAUGUAACACCAAAACUGCUAAUCGGACUCCGAAACCUGAAAUUGGCGGUGCCGUUGAAAAUCAAGAAAGGUGAAAGCGGAGUCAUAGCGACCAAAACUCGCCUAGGAUGGUGUGUCUAUGGUAGUCUGAAUGCCAAGACAACGAAGCAAGACUACGAAGAACUUAACUACCACGUAUGUGAAUGCCAAUCCGAAGAAAAGCUGGAACGACUGGUCAAAGAUUACUUCAAUGUGGAGGACUGUGGGGUGAGCAAUGUGGAAAUUGUGGAAUCCACCACAGAUGUAAGAGCACGACAAAUCAUGGAGGGGACGACGCGAAGAAUAGGUAACCGUUUUGAAACGGGCCUGCUUUGGAGGACGGAUUAUGUAGAGCUUCCCGAUAGCUUUCCGAUGGCCCUACGCCGUCUACAGUGUCUCGAGAGACGCAUGGAUAAAGACCUCGUUCUCAAAGAAAACAUCCACCGACAAGUACAGGAAUACCAGGAUAAAGGGUUCGCACAUCUAGCAACGGCGGACGAGUUAGCCGACGCAGAUCCGAGACGAACCUGGUAUCUUCCGUUAGGGGUGGUUUGCAAUCCGAAGAAACCGGAGAAGGUGCGGCUAAUAUGGGACGCCGCAGCGAAGGUCGAUGGAAUUUCUUUGAACUCCUUACUAUUGUCCGGUCCUGACCUUCUCGUAUCACUGAUUUCGGUUCAAUUUCAUUUCCGUCAGUACCCGGUGGCAGUGAGUGGAGACAUCAAAGAGAUGUUCCACCAGACGAGAGUUAUCAAGCAAGACCGAUCCUCUCAGAGAUUUUUAUUCCGCAGCAACACCAACGUCGAACCUAGUAUUUAUAUAAUGGACGUACUAACGUUCGGAGCGACCAGCUCUCCUGCAUCAGCCCAAUUCGUUAAGAAUCGGAAUGCGGAAGAGUUUGCAGGCAAGUUCCCGAGGGCAGCCUCUGCCAUUCGUAGCAGGCACUACGUCGAUGAUUACCUUGACAGCUUCGAGACGAACGAGGAGGCGAAGAAGGUAUCCAGCGAGGAGAAAUGGGUCCAUGCGCAAGGAGGAUUUGAAAUCCGGAAUUGGUCAUCAAACCGAAAGGCAGUGCUGGACCACUUGGGGCAAUCUCCGAAUCAAGCAACGAAAGACUUGUCAUUGAGGUCGCAAUCGGAGCGCGUGUUAGGGAUGCUGUGGCAUACCGAAGAGGACAGUGUACUUUUUUCUACGAUCUUCAGGGAGAAAAUUGCGGCACUGAUCGGAACGGGAACGAGACCGACGAAACGUCAGGUGCUGAAAUGUAUAAUGAGCCUUUUUGACCCGUUAGGCCUGCUGGCGUGUGUGCUGGUACACGGGAAAAUAAUGAUGCAGAAUAUUUGGCGUAGCGGCAUCAAAUGGGAUGAGUUUGUCGACGAAAGCGUCUACGAAUCGUGGACGAAAUGGAUUAGCCUGUUGGAUGAAGUCAACGAUGUUCGGAUUCCAAGGUGUUACUUCGAGAAUGCGAGCACUGAGCUGUACCGUUCGUUGGAGGCCCAUGUGUUCGUCGACGCGAGUGAAGCGGCGUAUGCAGCGGUGGUGUACUUCCGAACUAGCAAUCGUUAUGGAACAGCGAAAUGCGCUCUAGUGUCAGCCAAAACGAAGGUGGCUCCUCUUCGAUAUGUCUCCAUCCCUCGGUUGGAGCUGAUGGCCGCGGUAUUGGGAACCCGGUUGCUGGUAUUUGUGCGUUCUAAUCAUUCCAUCCGAAUCAACCGCGUCAUCUACUGGUCGGACUCCGAAGUGACUCUGGCUUGGAUCCGGUCAGAACAUCGAAGAUAUCGCCCUUUCGUAGCCUGUCGCGUUGGAGAAAUUCUUUCAUCGUCAAACGUAAACGAUUGGAGAUACGUUCCGAGCAAACUUAACGUCUCAGAUGAGGCUACCAAGUGGAGUAAUGGACCGUGCCUCAGCGCAUCAGGCCGCUGGUUCAAUGGCCCAACAUUUCUGCAACUGCCAGAGGAGGAGUGGCCUAUGCCGAAGAGAUCGCUCGCAACUACUGAUGAAGAAUUGCGAGCAUGUCAUCUGCAUCAAGAAGUGCUCAUCCUGCGUACUCCGAUAGUAUACGAACGCUUCUCCAACUGGAACCGAUUGCUGCACGCAACGGCAUAUGUAAUAAGGUUCGGAACUUUUCGCAAUCAGAAAGGCACAAAAGGUAGCAUAUCGUUGACUCACGAGGAAUUGAAGGCAGCCGAGAUAUUGCUUUGGAAACUGAUUCAGUCUGAGGUUUAUCCAGAUGAGUUGACUAUUCUUACUAAAAAUAAGACAGUACCGAUCUGUGAACGACUGAUCUUAGAGAAGUCAAGCCCUCUUCGGAUGCUUACACCGAUGCUUGAUGAUGAGGGAGUUCUCCGAGUCGACAGUCGCAUUUCCGCGGCACAAGGAGUAGCGGAAGAUGUGAAGUUCCCAGUGAUACUACCGAGAAAACACCACGUCACCAACCUUAUCGUCGAUAAUUUCCAUAGGAAGCUUCUCCAUGGAAACUCCGAAACGGUGGUCAAAGAAAUCCGCCAGCGAUUCUACAUUGCACAUCUGCGCACAGUAGUUCGAGGCAUCGAGAAGCGGUGUCAAUGGUGCAAGGUGAUGAAAGCUAAGCCUUCAACUCCAAGGAUGGGUCCUAUUCCGGAAGCACGCUUGUCGCCUGGAGUUCGCCCAUUUACUUAUAUCGGCAUCGACUACUUUGGGCCAAUCCUGGUGAAAGUAAACAGAUCCGCAGCAAAACGGUGGGUGUGUCUGAUUACGUGUCUCACAAUUCGUGCAGUACACGUUGAAGUUGCGUAUGAUUUAUCGACGAAGAGCUGUAUCGCCUGUAUACGUCGCUUCAUCUGUCGCAGAGGGUCACCGAAAGAAAUAUACUCCGACAAUGGUCGGAACUUUACCGGAGCGGAACGAAUUCUGCAAGACCAAAUCGAGCGAAUCGAGCAGGAUGCAGCUACGACGUUUACCAACACCGAGACAAAAUGGUUAUUCAUUCCGCCUUCCUGUCCCCACAUGGGGGGAUCGUGGGAGCGCAUGGUACGUUCCAUCAAGAACGCCAUGAAAAGCAUUCCCCAAGAUGACAAACUCGACGACGAAGGACUACAAACUGUAUUGGUAGAGGCUGAAGGAAUUGUCAACUCGCGCCCGCUCACGAACCUACCACUGGACUCAGCAGAGCGAGAAGCACUCACUCCAAACCACUUCAUCUUGGGAAGCUCAUCUGGAGUAGUGCAGCCAAUAACAAAGUUAAAAGACUCUGCUAAUGAGCUUAAUGCAUCCUGGAACCUGGUCCAGAAACGUAUCGACCAUUUCUGGAGGCGAUGGGUUCGGGAAUACUUACCCACACUCACCAAACGCACUAAAUGGGUUGAAGAGACGAAGCCUGUCCAACCCGGAGACUUGGUCAUUGUGAUCGACGACAGUAGACGAAAUGGGUGGAUACGUGGACGAAUUGUAGAAGUGACUCCGGGCAGCGAUGGACGAAUCCGGCAGGCGUUGGUUCAAACAUCUAGUGGACUGUUUCGGAGACCUGUCUCAAAGUUGGCGGUGCUGGCUGUAGAUGGACUUGGUGAGAUUGAUGGUUCCAUUCAUUCUCACGGGGAGGGGAAUGUUGGCACGAUCACAGCCCCGGCAACUAGGCCCACAGCGCCUUCACUGUAA